UUUCUUCCCAAAAAGAAAACCUAAAAUUUUUUCUCCCACCCUAAUUUUCUUUCCGCCGGCGUGCGUACAACCUCUCUCUGCCAGCCUCCUUUUGCCCACGAUCAUUUGGCACAGGCCAUCAAGAAACCUCAAACCAAUACUUCCCCAUCCUCUCUGUCUAGUUCUUAGUGCUGAUCUCCCUUACCAUGUCCGGCACGGAUCCCUUAUCGAAGCACCCUACCGGCAUCAAAUUAUUUAUGCAAAAUCUCCAUACUUUGGUUCAUGAUAAACUUACGGAUACCAAUUAUCCUGCCUGGGCCCUGAACGUUACCACCGCUCUGUCCGCUCACCUUCUUCUCGGCUGGGUGACCGGAGACGACAAAGCCCCUCCGGAAAAACUCCAAAAAGAUGGCGGUCAAAUUGAUAAUCCAGACUUUGCCCUCUGGACCUUGAUUGAUACACAGAUCCAGGCUUGUCUUCUUGCUAUUCUCAGCCCGUCUGUUCAUAAGUAUGCCCAAUUGGAGUCCAUUCUUUCUGAUCUUGAUGCCGUUAAUGAAAUCAUCCCUGAACGGGACAUCAUCAACGCUGUUGUACGUGGCCUCCCUGCUGAUUAUUCAUCCUUCAAACAACUUGUUCGCAUGAACGAGGCCUCCCUCACUCUUGCUCAGAUCUCUGGUUGGCUCGGCGCGGAGGAACUAAAUCUAGAAUUCGAACAAAAGCUAACCAUGGCCGAGUCUAGCAUCGGGGGUACCCACACGGCUCUUUACACGGCCGGUGGAGACCGAGGCCAGCAGGACGAGCGCCGCAGUGGUAGUCGCGGCUGUACACAGCAAUCGGGGCGUGGUGGCGGCUCGGUGCAGCAGUAUUCUCAGCCACAUCAUGGGCGCGGGGGCGGCAGGUCCUCUCGUGGAGGCCCGUACCGUGGUGGUGGCGGGCGUGGGUCUCAAGGUUGUGAACUCCCUGUCUGCAAGAUUUGUGAUAAACAAGGCAAUUCCGCCGCCUCGUGCUGGUAUCGCUAUGAUGAGUCUACUGCUGAGAGUUCUUCAUCCGGCGGGUCUCGUGCGAUGCAUGCGGCCACAAGCACCCAAAACGGUAAUUGGUACCUUGACACGGGUGCCAACACUCACGUCACUCCUGAUUUCUCCAGGUUACACGCUCCCGUGUCGCCAAUCCCAACCCCCGGCACUGCCCCACCCCACCAGCACCUCCCUGCCGCAAACCCCAAGGCCACGUCUCCUAUCCUGCCCACCAUUCAGCAUCACAGCCCACGGCCCACACCCUAUCAUCCCGCAACCCACCCCUCCUCCACGGCCCAGCCUACCCCACCAAUACCCCCUGGUUUCCCACUGUCGCACCGGCCCCCAACAAAUCCUCCUCCUCCUCCACCCAACACUCACCCAAUGCAAACCCGUGCUAAAUCCGUUCCAUACAGCUUUUUUACAAAAGAUGCAACAUUAGCAAAUGCAACAGCGGGUCACUACGAUUACAUAGUCAUCGGAGGCGGAACUGCCGGCUGUGCACUGGCGGCAACGCUAUCCACCUCUGUAAAAGUGCUUCUGCUACAGAGGGGCGGCCUGCCGUACAUCAAUCCAAACGCAACGCACCAAAGCGGUUUUGCAUACACAUAUUUCGACAUGUCACCCGCCUCAGCUGCGCAGCAGUUCGUGUCAGCGGACGGUGUGCGACUGGUGCGGGGACGCAUUUUAGGCGGCGGCUCGGCCAUCAACGUUGGCUAUUACUCGAGGGCUAGCAAAGAGGAGGUGUCCGAGGCAGGGUGGGACCCACAUCUCGUGAACGAGUCAUAUAUGUGGGUUGAGAGGAAGUUGACUUUUCGGGUGAAAACAUUGUUGGAAUGGCAAGCGGCGGUAAAGGACAGGUUGGUGGAGGCCGGGGUGGUGCCAUACAAUAGAGGAACUUAUGAGCACUUGGAGGGGACCAAGAUAGGGAACUCUAUAUGUGAUGAGAAUGGGUAUAGGCAUAGUGCUGCGGAUUUGUUGGAUUACGCUGAUGACACUAAAAUUACUCUCUACUUGCAUGUUGUGGUUCACCAGAUCUUGUUCAAGAUUCCUUCCCCAGGGAGAAAACCCAUAGCCUAUGGAGUUUUCUUCAAGGACUCAAAAGGGAAUGGUCACACGGCAUUUUUAAAUGGAGGGCCCAAUAGCGAGAUUAUUCUCUCAGCCGGUGCAAUUGGAAGCCCGCAACUAUUGAUGCUAAGUGGUAUUGGGCCAUCUGAUCAUCUCAAAUCCCAUGGGAUAGAUGUCAUACUCGAUCAACAAAUGGUUGGGCAGCGCAUGGCUGACAACCUAUUGAGCAGAAUCUUAGUUCCAUCCAUUAAGCCGGUUGAGACCUCAUUUUCUGACGUUGUGGGCAUAACUCAUUCAGGGAAUUACAUUGAAACGCUUAGUGGAUUGGCUCUUGUCCCUGAAGCCAUACAAGUCCUCAUGCAAGCUGGUAUUAACAUGUCUUUUCCGGAUAUGAAGAUGCAAGGUGGGGCUUUAUUUUCCAAGGUGAAUAAGACUUUCUCUGAAGGGCAUUUGGAGCUCAAGAAUAGGGACCCCAAUGACAACCCAACGGUCACCUUUAACUACUUCAAGGACUCGAGGGACCUCCAGACAUGCGUGCGAGGCAUGGAAGUCAUCAAAAAAGUAUUUGAGUCACAUGCCUUUGCUUCCCUGCGAAAUCCCUCCUCCUCAUUUCAAUCUAUCUUAAACUUAGCCGCAACUAUUCCCAUCAACCAAAGACCAAAACACCACCGCAAGUCUAUUUCGUUUGAGCAGUUUUGUGUGGAGAAUGUGUUUAGCAUGUGUCACUACCAUGGUGGGUGCCGAGUGGAUAGCGUUGUUGAUCGCGAUUACAAAGUGAUCGGUGUUGAUGCUUUGCGAGUAGUUGAUGCCUCCACUUUUUUUAGCGCCCCAGGAACUAAUCCCCAGGCAACUAUCAUGAUGUUGGGAAGCACAAAAUUGCUCAAAACCAUGUUCUUCCUACAAGGGACACAAGCUUUUUCUGAUGGGAUACCCAAACUUGGAGAUGGAAAUUUAGAAAAGUGAUUGAUGGAACAAGUGACCUUGAUAUUCUACCCGAAUUCUUGAUUCUAGACAUAAGUUAUCUCCUCAAGAAUAACUUAUGAAAAUAAAACCAAAUGUUUAGAGAUCCUAAACCAUAAUAUAGUUUUAAAGCGGGGGAGGGGGGGGGAUGGGGGUGGAGGGAAGAAUGUUAUCAGUGUUAUUGUUGGUUUUGUGAAAUCAAGUCGAUCAGGGAAAAGGUUUAUAUAUACCAUUGAAUUUGGCACCAUCCGGUCUAGGACUACCCUGAAGUUCCAAAGAAGACAAUUCCGAAAUCAAGGUUGAAUAUUGUCAUUUAUUGGAUUAUUUUAACUAAGUCAGUGUUCACUCAUUGUCAGUUUUAUGUUUCUAUUUCAUAAGUGAAUACAAAGACACGAUUCAAAAUAUUUUUUCUAGAUGAAAUUGAAAACCCUUACAACUAUACCAAAAAUAUUUUACACCCUGAGGUUUUUUUAGAAAAUUUAGUAUUAAAGAAACUACGUUAAG